AUGGGUGCCUUCGAAAUUCUAACACCCUGGAAAAACAAAACGCAGCCGUUUCUAAAACAGGCUUCUUUAAAACAAAACGCACCGUUUUUAGUCGCCACCGGGCAAUUCAUGCCAUUAACCCGACCUGCGCAGCAAAUCUUCAUCAGAUUGCUCGGUCAAGGUACUCACGGGGUAGUGCAUCUCGCCGUCAAAAGUAACGCCGGCAAUCCCCAGUAUGUCGCCGUCAAUUCUUCCUCUUUAUCCAAGUGCAGCUCACUCGUCAAGGAGAAUCGCGUUCUCUCUAAAUUCACUGGGUACCCGAACGUGAUUCAGUGGUAUGGGAAUGAGCUGAGCACGGACGCAAAUGGUUUCCAGGUUUACAGGUUGAUUCUCGAAUACGCACCGCACGGCACUCUUCUCGACUUGAUAAGAACCUGCGCCGGCAUAGUACCCGAACCCAUUGUCCGGUCAUUCAACCGGAUGAUUCUCGAAGGGCUCGCUUGCAUUCACGACAAGGGUGGUUUUGUCCACUGCGAUCUUAAGCCAGAGAAUAUUCUUGUCUUCCCUCCAGUCGAUGGGAAUUCGCUGUGCCAUCUCAAGAUUGCUGAUUUCGGGUUGUCAAAGGAGCCUGGAGAAGAGGAGUUGGAGGCUGCGGUCGGCGUGAGUUGGAAGUUUAAUUUCAGGGGAACUCCAAUGUACAUGUCGCCGGAUUCUUUGAAGAACGGAAGCAUAACGCCGUCGCUUGAUAUCUGGUCUCUUGGGUGCGUUGUCAUGAAGAUGCUCAGUAAUAGAGCGCCGUGGAAUCAUCUAGACCUUGAAAAUCUUUUUCUGCAACUCGUUCGUACAGUUGAACCGCCGGCGGUACCGGAAAACCUGUCGGAGAUGGCGAAAGAUUUCUUGAGCAGGUGUUUCUUGAUGGACCCUGAUGAGAGGUGGACUGCCAACAUGCUUCUCCUCCAUCCUUUCGUGUAUCCCAAUAUGAUGAAUUUUGGUGAUGGAGAGAUGGUGUCAGGAGAUUCUUCGAGAAGUGGUCGAGUUUACAUAAAGAUUACUUAG